CUGGAAACAAGUAAAAGGAUCCAACCUAAAGGAUGGAUGCAGGCUGAGGUUUAAAGACCAGUUCUACUGUAUAAUUUAUAUAGAGAAUGUGACAUAAUUACUUUACACAGCACAAACAUUAAAAUCCUAACACAAAUUCUUUGCUAGACUUUAAAACUUCAGAAAUAGUGAUAUCUGAAGCAUCUGUUUCUCUGCUCCACUUUUCCUGAAAUUCCCAGCUUCUUUGAAACUCCAAACCAAUGACUUUGAGGGAGCAAUGUUAAACUCCACUUUUCCAGCCUUGCUCUAGCAACUUUGGCAGUUUUGCCCUUUGCUUUGAAAAAUCAGAUUUUUCUGUCUCCAGCAGAGGAAGGAACAUCAUCCUUUCUGUAUGUGACAGAGGAAAUCUCCACCUCAUGAAGAUGUGGAUUGGUGUCAUUCCCUAUAAGUAAUCAUGGCUUCUAAUCCAAGUGUAUUGAUGCGCCUUGUAGCCUCAGCAUAUUCUGUUGCUAAUAAAGCAGGGACAAUUGUCAGAAAAGUUAUGUCUGGAGGAGAACUGGACAUAGUGGAGAAGUGUGGAGCUAAUGACCUGCAGACUAAAGCUGAUCGAUUGGUGCAGAUGAGCAUUUGUUCGUCUUUGCUCCAGAGGUUUCCUAAGGUGACAAUCAUAGGUGAAGAGGAUCUUCCCUCUGAAGAAGUAGAUGAAGACUUACUUGAGAAAAGCCAAUGUGAGGAGAUACUGAAGCAAGCCUGUCCACCACAGUAUACUGCCAUCAAAGAGGAAGAGCUUGUUGUAUGGGUCGAUCCUCUGGAUGGAACAAAAGAAUAUACUGAAGGACUUCUUGACCAUGUAACAGUUCUUAUUGGUAUUGCUUACCAAGGAAAAGCUAUUGCAGGUGUCAUUAAUCAACCAUAUUACAACUAUGAGGCAGGUGCAGAUGCAGUUCUAGGCAGGACAAUAUGGGGAAUCCUUGGUUUGGGUGCCUUCGGGUUUCAACUGCAAGAAGUACCAGCUGGGAAGCACAUCAUCACCACCACAAGGUCACACAGCAGCAAGAUGGUAAAUGACUGCAUUAGUGCAAUGAACCCUGAUAGCGUGGUGCGAGUUGGAGGUGCUGGUAAUAAGAUCAUUCAACUUGUAGAAGGCAAAGCUUCUGCUUAUGUAUUUGCCAGUCCUGGGUGCAAGAAGUGGGAUACAUGUGCACCAGAGGCUAUUUUGCAUGCAGUUGGAGGCAAGCUUACUGAUAUUCAUGGAAACUUCUUCCAUUAUAAUAAAGAGGUCAAGCACAUGAAUUCAGGAGGAGUCCUUGCCGCCUUAAAAAAUCAUGACUAUUAUGCCAGUCGAGUUCCUGAGACAGUCAAACAAGCCCUUGUGCCCUAAAAUGCAAAGGAUAGUGCAUUCCAUUUGGCUGGGAAGAACUUCUUAGUUGAAACAAGUUGUGAUUUUUGAUAGAGUAACACAUUGAUCCAGUACCAUGAUCUUUAGUUAGAAAUUUGUUGCUUGGUUAACUUAGUGUACAUUCCUGGUAAACCUGAGAUUUUGGUUUUCAGUUGGAAUAAUAGUGAACUCAAUAAAGUUGUCUACUCUGUUAAUGUUUCGCAUCAUAUAUGCAUGCCUACUGAAUUAUAUCUUUAUUCAGUCUGUCUUAAUUUGAAGGGGAAGAUAAAUUAACUGAACCACAGUUACUUCAAAUAAAUGACUUUUGUAUGCAA